UCGGAGCAUCGGAGCGCGGUUCACUCCGGUUCAGUGCGGCGAAGUUGGCCGAGAAGCGUGCGUGGUGCGUCCUGUACUCGCGAAGAUUUAGCAAGGUUCAGAACGUUCGACCGGAAAGCGUAGAAUUGUUGCACGUAAUUCUACGUGAAUCCCAGUCGAUCCCGAUCCCGGUUAUCAAGAUUCUGCGACACGUACUCGGUGCGAUCAGGAGGAUGACGACGGCGGUUGACAAGGAGGAAGCGCGGAAGCGCCUGACGUCGCUGCAGUGGCAUGUGACGCAAGAGAAGGGCACGGAGAGGCCAUUUACCGGUUGCUACAACAAGUUCUACGACAAGGGAACGUACACCUGCAUCGUGUGCGAUCAGGAAUUGUUCUCCUCGGACACCAAAUACGACAGCGGAUGCGGUUGGCCCGCAUUCAACGAGGUUCUGGAUCAAGGACGCAUCAAAUUGACCAAAGACACCUCUCAUGUCGGCGGCAAUCUACUACUGCUGAUCGCAAACCCAGAUAUGGUGCGGACCGAGGUGACCUGUUCGAAAUGUGAUGCGCACCUGGGGCACGUGUUCAACGACGGGCCGAAGCCUACGAGGAAGCGCUUCUGCAUCAACUCCGCCUCCAUAAGCUUCCACUCGGCGGGAGAGGAGAAGUCUACGUAAAAUCAGCAUGCGCGCUUAUUACACUCUAUAUUUUACUUUUUAAUAUUUAUAU